AUGAAGUUCAUCACAACCGUCACUGUUACUCUGGCGUCUCUCGCUCUGGCUGCCCCCAACCCCGAGGGUCAGACAAAUUCAAUCAAGCUCAGCAAGGACUAUGUUGAUGCUAUCGUUGCCGCGUACCCCGACGUACACAAGCGCGACUGUAGCUUUGACUUCAGCUGUGGCUGCAUCUUCUGCGUCUAG